AAACUAUUAAUCGAACUGAAGGUUGUUCAGAUUCCUGUGCACUCUUUUGGAUUUGGAUCAGACCAUGAUGCUUCAGUGAUGCACUCAGUCUCUGAAUUAUCCGGUGGAACUUUCUCUUUCAUUGAAAGUGAGUCUGUGAUCCAGGAUGCUCUUGCGCAGUGCAUCGGUGGACUUUUAAGCGUUGCAGUGCUGCAGGAGCUACGAGUAGAUAUUGAAGGUAUGUGCCCAAAUGUUCGAAUUAGCUCAAUAAAAGCAGGAAGUUACUCUAGCCUUGUAACUGGUGAUGGCCACUCGGGAUUGGUUGAUUUUGGUGAUCUUUAUGCCGAUGAAGAGAGGGAUUUCUUGGUUUCUAUCACCAUCCCUGUCGAGGAAGAUGGACAUACACCAUUGUUAAAGCUGAGAUGCGUUUAUAUAGAUUCUUUGACAAAGGAAACUACAAAGCUUGAAAGUUACGUGCUUCAGAUUCAAAGACCAGAAAAUGUUAGUGAAAAAGAAGCUGUUCCCAUUGAAGUUGUUAGGCAAAGAAACAGAUUCUUAGCUGCAGAGGCAAUGUACCAAGCAAGAAAUUUAGCAGAGCAUGGAGAUUUAGAGGGAGCCGUUACAGUGAUUGAAAAGUUUAGAUUGGUUUUGGCAAAGGGGGUUACAGCAAAUUCCCAUGACAGUUUUUGUGCUGCUUUGGAGUCAGAGCUGAAGGAAAUACAAGAUAGAAUGAGGAGUAGUCAUGUCUACGAGGCAUCCGGAAGAGCUUAGAGCAACAUUAUUGGGAGCUCACACUCAUGGCAAAGAGCAACAGUGAGGGGAAAUUCAAGGGACGGUUCUAGCUUUGUCCAGGCUUAU